CUGGACAACCGCUUCGCCUUCUUCUUCAUGCGCCGCGACCGGAGCGAGGGCGGCAAGGACUCGCAGGGCUACGCGAGCAGCAUCAACAAGAUCGGCGCCUUCGACUCCGUCCAGGGCUUCUUCGGCAUCUACGACCACCUCGUCAAGCCGGCGGACCUGGGCAACGACUCGCACGUGACGGACUACCACCUCUUCCGCGAGGGCAUCACGCCGACCUGGGAGGACCCGCACAACAAGCGCGGCGGCAAGUGGAUCAUCCGCCUCCGCAAGGUCGAGAACCUCGCGAGCCUCUACUUCGAGGAGCUUCUCCUCGCUCUAAUCGGCGAGCAGUUCGGCGACGUCGGCGUCCACGUCUGCGGCGUCGUCGUGUCCGUGCGCCAGCACGAGGACAUCAUCGCCGUCUGGAACUCGGACGCCGAGGACAAGGACGCGACGAACAAGAUCCGCGACGUCAUCAAAUCCGCGCUCGAUUUGCCCAACUUCAUCACCCUGGAGUACAAGCGGCAC